AUGCGGUCCAACGUUCUAGCUACAUCCCUUUUCCUCCUCCCCAUAUCCGCCCUCCAAAUCCCCUCCAUCUUCGCACCCUUCUACGAAACACACACCGAAUCCCUCAUCCUCUCCAACGAAACGCUAAUAUCAGCAGAAAACGAACCCCACGACCUGUUAAAGAGAGAUGGCUCUUGCCCAGCCAACUUCGGCUCUUGCUCAACCCUCAAUGCGAAAUACGGAGGCGCCUGCUGCACAGCAGGUUCGAUAUGUACUACCGACAAAGCGAAGAACAUAGCUUGCUGUCCGACAGGUGCAACAUGUACCGGGACCCUGGCCGCUGCUACUGCCGCUUCGACAACUGGAACUGGAGGAGCAGUGCUAGGAGGGACUACAGCUACAGCCAGCUCGAAUUCCGCAACUACAACAACGACAAACUCGGGCAGUUCGGCGUCAAUAACUGGCACUGCAUCUUACCCCAGCAACCCCUACUUCCCAUUCCCCUACAUCGCAACCUCAUACCCCAACUCGGCAGCCUGCAACACGGCGUUCCUCGCCUGCCAGACCAACUACGCAGCCUGCACGGCCGACCUUCAGGGCGGCAGCGGCUCCAACUUCGCUGUGACCAUCAUAGCGCCGUCGGGUGGGGGCGUGACGGUUAGUCCGAGCGUGCAGAGCUUGGGGACUGCGAGCGCGACGAGCAUCUGUAGUUCGCUGAGUAGCGAGGCGUGUUUCAAUAUCCAGAGUGCCAAUUGUGCGCAGUUUGGGAGUGGGGAGGGAGGCAGCUUU